AGCCCAGAUCCCAGCACCAGCCUCCGCCGCCAGCCCGGACCAUGAGCCGCCCCGAGAGCUUCGCCCCCGGCAGCGCCCUGCUGCUGUUGCUAGCGGCCUGCGCCGCGCUGUGCCGGGGUGCCCCCCUGGCCGGCGAGCUGCGGUGCCACUGCCUGCAGACCGAGGCCGCGGUGAUCCACCCCAAGCGCGUCGCCCACGUGGAGCUGAUCCCCGAGGGGCCCCACUGCGGGGUGCCAGAAGUCAUAGCCACCUCGAAGCACGGCAAGAAAGUCUGUCUGGAUCCCACCGCGCCCUGGGUCCAGCUGAUCGUCACCAAGAUCCUGAACAGUAAAUCUACCAAGCUGUGAGGGGAGCAGAGGAAAUGAACAAGCCACUAUAACAGAAACUACCUGUUUGUACACUGGGAAACCAGUGUGAGAGAGCAUGGGAACCUGAGGCUGGACAGCUCGCCAUGCUGAACUCUUCUUUUGAGGGUCUGAGAGACCAGCCUGCUCCAUUCAACUUCAACCUGUUCCACUGAGUUAUUGCAACCUGUGCUUAUUUAUGUAUUUAUUAAUACAUCUCUGUAGAGCUCUGCGACAGCUAGGUAUUGUGUCAAGCCCUUUAGAUCUUCCUGAUCACCUGAAGGGAUAAUGCUGCAGCAGUGGCUCAAGAAAUGGCUGCUUGUUAAUCUAGUGCACAUUCCCAAUAGCCCAUCCCCUCAGCUCCUCUGAGCAGCUCGAGAUGGACAGUACGGUGAAGCUGUGCCUUUCACAUUGUGGCUGUGCAGGAUGCCUGCUGGCUUGUGAAUAACCAGAGCUUCAGAUUCUGGAGCUGCCAAGCAUUUAGCCUCUGAGCCCACAAAUAUGGAGGAUUGCAAAGUGAAAUCCAAUUAGAAGAAGCACAGUAACUUGCUACAGUCCUGAAAUGUGCUGCCAAGGCACAUGUCCCUCGGACACACAGUCAUUUGCUUGGUUGGGUGAAACAGCUGCUAGUCUGUUUUCCUUUAAUAGAAAAGCAAUCUUUAUGAGAAUGUGGCUUCCAGUCACUAGCUGAAGUUUCUGCAAACUUUUUAGGGUUGUUUUGAUGUGUUAACUUAUUUCUAUGCAAUUUAAAUAUUUGGUAUUUAUGCUGAAGGUUUAAGAACAGUAAGGUUCUGAAGACCCUUGGACAUUUUAUGUCUGCAUUGUAUGACAUACUGUCAUGUUCUGUGUAGAAGUGGUAUUACAAAUUGUACUGUACUAAAAUGCAGUAAUUGUGAGACUGGCGGGAGUUACACAUGAAAUAAAUAUUUUCUGAUUAAAA